AUGGUAAAGGGUGUCGAACGCUUAACUACAUUGCUUCCAUUUUUAUCUGGCAACCUCGUCCAAUCCACCCAGCAAAAAGGCAUCAAAAAUGUCUUCGAGGUACAACCGCCAGAAUCAUCGUAUUUGAGCCAGCUACCCAUACUCAAGAUUAAGCACCAUCCGUAUUAUGUUUCGCAAAGCAAUGCGAAUUUCAACAUCCCUGCUUUACGUUCUGAUGAUCUCUUCACUUCUCAUUAUAUGCCUCUCUCAUUUUGUACACCUAUCCACGGGCCACAGCCAAUUUUACGACUGCAAGCAAAUGUCAUGACAGAUGGGAUUGUGCUCUGCCUAUCUUUCCAUCACUUUGCCGUUGAUGGCAUUGGACUAUCAUCCAUAAUGCAGGCACUUUCUGCGUGCUGCCGCAAUCCCGACCAAACGCCUGAAAGACUACUGACCUCUCCUGAAUGCGAGGCGCAAGUACGGACAAAGAUAUUUGAGAGUACAAUUGAAGAGCACCUGUCAAUUUAUAAGGGCUAUGGGCCCUACACUUGGAAGGCCGCACCAAGCUCUGAUCUUGGGGCCCCGAUCAGCCGCCGCUUUUGCCUCGAUACUGAAAAGAUCAGGAGCUUUCAAGAUGCAUGCAAUGCAACCGUCGUUGCAAGUGAUGACCAGGCAUCUGUAAGCUUUUCUCGCUCUGAACAAGGUUCUGGCUGGCAGGGUUUUUCCAAUAAUGAAGUUGUGACUGCUUUGAUCUGGCUAUGCGGAAUGCGUGCACGUUCUCGGGCGACAUCCAAAAACCCUGAUAAGUCUUUUCCGGAUGAUCGCCACUCUUCUCUCUCGUUUCUGGUUGAUGUUCGGGGAAUCCUUGACAUUCCAAGUGCAUAUAUGGGCAAUGCAGUUGUAAACCCCACAACCACGUACCAUUUCCAAGAUGAAGAGCUACAUGAUACCAAUAUUUACGUCGAUGCAAAUACUAGUGGAUUCAACUCAGACGACAUUACUCUUCUAACCAGCCUCGCUCUAUCAGUCCAAACAACGGUCCGGUCUGUGAGCCGAAAUUACGUCCAGAAUGUCAUCUCGCAAAUCAUGGCGAGUGACGAUUGGAACCUUCCAGCCAAGCCCGGUGACUUGUCAGUCAGCAGUCUUCGUCGCGCGCGGGUGUAUGAGAUGGAUUUUGGCCCAUGCUUGGGUACACCUUGUGACUUCGAUGUGCCGGAUAACAGAACGGAUGGACUUGGCUGGAUCAUGCCUCCACGUUCUGAGUCUAGUGACCGGCUCAUGGGCUACCAGAGUAGGGGAUUCUGGGAGGUUCGAAUGGCACUCGACCCGGUUGAAAUGGAAUCAUUGAGAAACGACAUGCUUUGGAGGGAGAUUACUUUGGAGGAACCCAGGUGCUGUAAAUUUGAUUGA